AUGGCUACUGCUGCCCCAUCUUCUAUCCUUAUCGUCGGCUCUGGUGUCUUUGGCCUCGGCACUGCCUGGGCUCUGGCCAAGCGACCAUACUACUCCAACACUUCGAUCACCGUCGUCGACGAUUGCGCAGGCCAAUUCCCUCCCGAGGAUGCUGCCAGUGUAGACUCGUCUCGAAUCGUGCGAGCGGAUUAUUCGGAUCCUUACUACGCCGCCCUGGCCGCCGAAGCUCAAAAGGAAUGGCGAAAGCAGGGUGAUGAGGACGUUGGUGGACAGGGGCGAUACUCCGAGUCGGGCUUCGUCCUUUGCGCGAGUGAGACACCCAAAGAUUUUAAGCUCAAGAAGUCUGGUAUGGACUAUACCAAAGAGAGCGCGAAGAACGUCGAGUCGAUUGCCAAGCAGACCGGUCUGCCCAUGGACAAAAUCCAGAGACUGGAAAGCACAGAGGCCUUGCAGGAGUUCCUUGGCACCAACGGAUAUCCUGGCGACUGGGGCUACCUCAAUGGUAACUCGGGCUGGGCUGACGCGGGAGAGGGCAUGAAGUGGUUAUACAAGCAGGUCUAUGCUAUGGGUCGAAUUGAAUUCGUCAAUGGCAAGGUGACAGAGCUUGUGGCUGAGGGUGACCGGGUCGUUGGCGCGAAGCUCAGCGACUCCAAGGUUCUCAAGGCCGAUGUAGUGAUGGUUGCUGCAGGUGCUUGGUCUGGUUCACUUGUAGACCUUCGAGGUAGAACCGAGGCUACUGGCCAUGCAGUCGUAUACAUGGAUAUCACACCCGAAGAGCAGAAGAGGCUGGAUAACUUCCCAGUGGUACUGAAUCUCAGCACUGGUCUGUUCCUCAUCCCCCCACGAAACAACGUCCUCAAGGUCGCUCGCCACACAUUCGGAUACAUCAAUCCCGUCAAGAUCAACAACGCUCUUCCCCCGACACCAAACGACAAGAGGGAAUCUUUCCUCGCAUCUCAACCAUACACCUCCCGCAACGACUCCUCGAACCUUCUAUCCGUCGAGGCCGACAAAGACCUGCGUCGCGCACUCAAGGACUUAUGUCCUAUCCGUGGCCUAGAAAACCGACCGUGGAAGGAGGCUCGAAUUUGCUGGUACUCUGACACGAGAGACGGCGAGUGGCUCAUCGACUACCACCCUAGCUGGAAGGGACUUUUCGUGGCGACUGGAGACAGUGGACAUGGGUAUAAGUUCCUGCCCAACCUGGGUGAGAAGAUUGCCGAUGUUAUGCAGGGCCAGGGCGGCAAGCUUGGUGACAAGUGGCGAUGGAGAGAGAUGGAGAACGAUGGCGUCGGAAGAGAGACAGACGGCGUCUAUAAGGGCCUGAUGACCCAGGACGGCAGUCGAGGUGGACGGCCACUUGUGCUCUGCGAAGAGCUGGACAAGGGCCGGGCGCCUGUGGGAGAGUCAAAGGCCAAGCUAUGA